AAUGAACCCAAAAGAUUUCUUUGAGAUCACACAUUACUCACUAUAAGAAAUUUAGUAAAUUCCACCUUUCAAAAACAAUCUAGGCACAUUUAAUAAAUAAACUUAUACUGUCUCAUCAGCUUAGACAGGCAAACCUCAUUCUUUAAGUAAGCUCAUCAAUGAACCUAUUUACUUUAUUAAUGAUGGCCAUUUGUAUUUGGUAGGCCGAAAAGAAAUAUAACAAGGCAAAACAUACGUAGGGUAUUCAGUCCAAUAUUUGACACUGAUUAAAUACAAGGGUUUAUAUGAAAUGGAUUCCAUUACAAUUGAAGUAUGCUAAAUCGCAUAACUAUUUAGACAAACCUAGAGUCUCUAAAAAAGAAUAAAACAUAUCGUUAACUAUCUUCUUCAUAUUUCGAGAGAGUCAAAGAUGGAUAGGAACUACUAAUCUUCAAUGAAAGUAAAUUAGAAGAAUAGGAUGAGUAUUCUUUAAGUUACCUUCUGAGUUAUAAGAUCCAGAAUUCAGCAUAACUAGUGUAUCUUAUCCAUACUAUUAAAUGCAUAGUUAAGAACAGGUACGUUUAGAGAAGAAGCAACAACAUACAUUCAAAGCAUUUCAACCUUUUGAGUCUCAUUAUUCAAUGGUUAGUGAGAAUGUAAGUUAAUUCCUCUAAUUAUUUAGUUCCCGGAAGUAUUUUUAGAGUAUUAGUGCUUAAAUGUAUCAUCUUAGCCUUUGGAGAUGAAGAAUAUUGAAUUUAAAGUUGAAAAUAUAAUGACAAUUCAGAGAUUGGUAUCUCCUAUUAUUCAUAUAAUCUAGAAAGACUACUAAUUGCCAGUUGUUUUGGGUUAGGAUGAAUGUUUGAAAAUCAUUUAUCGAAUUCUGAUAGAGACAUCAGAUCUGAAGGCCAUCUAUACUGUAUUGACUUAAAAGAGUAUUUUUAAUUUUAUUAAUCUUAUAGAGGAUCUAACUGAGUAUGAUUUGAGGUUGGGAUAGAUCCAUCUAGAAUGGGGUACCUGUGGUAACUAUUUUGGCACAUAAAAAACUUGUUUGGUCAGGAUUUAUCCAAUUAAUCUAAGACCUUCGAAAUCAAUUUAAAUAGAGAAAGAAGUUAUUACAACAAUAGAAAUUGACAUUGAAUUGGGUAUCUUAUUUGAUGUUCCUUAAAUUGAUUUGGCAAUCAAAUUAGAAGAAUUGGAAAUGAAAGCAAUUAAAAUUGUUGGAAUGAAUUAAAUGGUAAUGCUAUUAGUUUUAUAUAAAAUAGAAAUUAAAUUUUCCUCCUGGAAUAAGAACAAGAAGAAUUAAGUUAGAUGUAGUUGCUUAUAACUGUGGUGUUCAUUAAAUUAAAGGAAUUAAGUUAUAUGAUCCAAAAACUAUGAAAAACAUAUCAUUUAAAAAUUUCCUUUCAGUUUUCGUCGUAAACAAACAACAAAAUUUAAGAACAUAAUAAAUCAAUGCCUAGGAAGUAGACUUAUUGGAUUUAGAAAUAAAUUAACCUAAAGUAAUCUAAGAUACCAAUUUGCUAGAUUUAAUUUGA